AUUGACUCGUAUAAACUACCAAAAACUAGCCUUUGGUCUUCAGCCUAAAUUUCUCGUCUGUCUCAGUCGCAACUUAUUGUUAGGGUCUCUAGGACCAGUGCAAAUGCCCGCCAUGCUAUCUUACGACGACUUCAUUAAAGUCCACGGCGUGCUAUUAGCUUCCUCCGGAAUACCGCUGAAACUCUACCCCCUGCUCUUCCGGAAGCUCACAGAAGAAACGUUCGACGGCGGCCAACACUUCCAGAUCGAGCCAUUGGAGGACGGAAAGCAAAGACGCCUGGUGUUCACUUCAGAUUAUUUGGCUAAGGAGUCUGAUCUCUUUCUGGUUGACCAUGCUUGGACUUUCCGCCUCGCUGACGCCUAUAAGCAGUUACAAGAAGUCCCCGGACUGGCAGAACGAAUGGCUGCAGUAAUGUGUUUGAAUGCUGAUUUGUCACACAUUGUUGAGGUAGGUGACACUGGUGGAGCUGAAGAUGAUCCUAAAUUGAGUGCUGAGGACAUAGUUGCAAGAAAAGUCAUUAAGGUCACAGAAGGAGGUGAUGCUUUAAGGUGGUUGGAGCUUGAUGACCUUGGAAUUGAUGAUCAUAUGCUCUCUUCUCUUGAUUUGCCUCAUAAAUUUCCUAAUUUGCUUGCAACAAGUUUGUGUGGCAACAACCUCAAGAAUGUUGAAAUUCUUGUAAAAGAGAUUACCCAACUCAAUAAUCUCAGAGCUCUAUGGUUGAACAACAAUCCAAUUUUGGAAAAUGAUGAUGGUUGUCUGGAAGAUACCAUUCUUCAAGGUUGCCUGAGAUUGGAAAUUUUCAAUUCUAGGUUCACUCCACAUUAUGGUGAGUGGGCGUUAGGUUAUUGUGGAGAAAUUUACAAUAAAGACAGUCCAGAAUGUGUAUAUCACGUUGACCAACCCUUGCUCUCCAUUGAUUCUUUGGACCUAUCCAAUAGAUCCAUUAGCAACCUCCUCAAUAAGGCAUUUUCUCCUGCUGAAAUGCCAUCUCUCUCACAUUUGAACAUUCAUGGAAAUCCAUUGGAUCACAACACUGCAAGUGAUUUAUUGAAACUCCUUAAGCAAUUCAGUUGCUUGCGUUCUCUGGAGGUGGAUAUACCUGGGCCUCUGGGCGAGAACGCUGUUAGGAUAGUUGAAGAACUGCCAUAUCUUGCUGUCCUGAAUGGCGUAAGCACAUCCAGAAUUUAUGAGUCAGGUAAGUCUGUUCUUGGUUCAAUGCUCCAACCGCGCCUUCCUGAAUGGAAAGCUGGAGAACCUAUUCCUGACCGCAUUACAGAUGCAAUGUGGUUAUACUUGAUGACAUACAGACUUGCAGAUGAAGAAAAAAUUGAUGAAACCUCUGUAAUGUAUGUAAUGGAUGAAUUAGGUUCAUCCCUACGACACAGUGAUGAACCGAAUUUCAGAGUGUCUCCAUUCCUCUACAUGCCAAGUGGUGAAUUGGAAUCCGCUAUGAGCUAUUCAAUUUUUUGGCCAAUUGAUGAUAUUCAAAGAAAUAAUGAGUGCACUCGUGAUUUCCUACUUGGAAUUGGAGAAGACAAACAACGCUUGGCUAGACUUACAGCAUGGUUCCACACCCCACGUAAUUACUUUGUUAAAGAGUAUGAGAGGUGCCGGGAGUGGUUGCAAUCAAUCAAGUUUACUUCCCCACUGCAGGCAUCACCUCUAACAAGUUCUUUGUACUGUACCAAUGGAAGUGCUUUGCGUGUUUAUACAGAUAUACCUCACGUGGAUGAAUUCUUGAGCCGCCCUGAAUUUGUAAUAACAUCUGAUGCAAAGGAUGCACAUAUUAUAUGGACGAGUAUGCAGGUAGAUGAGGAGGUGAAGAAGGCUGCCGGACUAAAUGAUCAACAGUACAUAAAUCAAUUUCCAUUUGAGGCUUGUCUUGUUAUGAAACAUCAUUUGGCCGAAACAGUUCAAAAGGCUCAUGGUUCGCCUGAAUGGCUUCAGCCCACAUAUAACCUUGAAACACAACUCACUCAAAUGAUUGGUGAUUAUUAUGUACGGGAGAGGAAUGGCCUAGAUAAUCUAUGGAUCUUGAAGCCGUGGAACAUGGCAAGAACUAUUGAUACAACCAUAACUGGCAAUUUGUCUGCUAUUAUCCGUCUCAUGGAGACUGGGCCAAAAGUAUGCCAGAAGUAUAUUGAGCACCCUGCUCUGUUCAAGGGGAGGAAGUUUGAUCUUCGUUACAUCAUCUUGGUUCGCAGUAUAAACCCAUUGGAGAUAUUUCUGACUGAUGUAUUCUGGGUUAGGUUAGCAAACAAUACUUACUCUUUGGACAAGCACAGCUUGGAUGAAUAUGAAACUCAUUUUACUGUAAUGAAUUACCGAGGAAGAUUAGACCACUUGAACACCCCAGAUUUUGUGAAUGAGUUUGAACUAGAGCAUAAAGUAAAAUGGAAUGAUAUCCAUAUGAGAGUUAGGAGUAUGAUUAGAUCAGUGUUUGAAUCUGCUGCAUCAGUGCAUCCAGAGAUGCAUCAUCCCAGAUCUCGGGCAAUGUAUGGUGUUGAUGUGAUGCUUAGUUGCGAUUUUCUGCCUAAACUACUCGAGGUUACCUACUGUCCUGACUGUGCCAGAGCUUGCAAGUAUGACACAGAAGCUGUGAUUAAUGGAGGAGAACCUGUGAAAGGACAUGAGUUCUUCAAUUACGUGUUUGGCUGUCUUUUUCUCAAUGAAACUAACCAUGUAUCCCCAUUGUAGGCAAGUUUACUAAAUUUGCCAAAUACUCUGUCCCAAUUUACCUGUCUUAGUUACUCAUUGGUAAAACUUCAUUUCGUUCUUACCUUAUUUUCUCUAAUAUCAUUAUCUAGUUAAAUUAUCAUGACACUGGUUGUUUUGUUGAACUUCGAUAGCGUUCUUAUUGUGCAAGUCUCUUUUAUUAAAUAGUACAAAAUUGAAUCUAAAACAUCUUGACUCUU